AGGUGGAGUGAAGUGCCCACUGCUACCUACCAGAAAAGUAUUUGACCAACACAGGCACAGUGAGACAACAGAGCUCACUGCUAUUCUGUUAAAGCUCAUCAUCCCGUCUGUUACAAGAGCAAGAGGACAUCCUUCUAUCUGAAAGUGCCCCAGCCUAUUGUAAGUUAUAGAGAACUUUUGUUGUGUGCCAAGAACAGAAACCUCAAGAAACUAAUUUGGACUAGGACAACUAUUCAGUGUUUAGCCUUCCAAUCCAAAGUCAACAAUGGCAGUCUCUCCAUUGGUUGGGUCCUUUGUAGCAGCGGACUAUGCAGUCUUUGCUCUGAUGCUGUUGGUGUCUGCAGUUAUUGGCGUCUACUAUGCCACUGUUGGUCGUGGCCAGAGCAGCUCCAAAGAGUUUCUUAUGGGGGGCCGGAGAAUGACAGCCAUACCAGUGGCUCUGUCCUUAACUGCCAGCUUCAUGUCAGCUAUCACAGUGUUGGCCACCCCAGCUGAAGUGUACCAAUAUGGGGCAAGCUUUGGCCUGUUCAGCCUCUCUUAUGUGUUAGUGGUGGUAUUCUGCUCAGAGAUCUUUCUACCUGUCUUCUACAGACUGGACAUCACAAGCACCUACGAGUACCUGGAGAUGCGGUUUAACAAAGCAACUCGUCUGCUUGGGACAGUAAUGUUCAUUGUUCAGACGAUACUCUACACAGGAAUAGUCAUUUAUGCUCCUGCCCUGGCGUUAAACCAAGUGACUGGGAUGGAUCUUUGGGGUGCUGUCAUUUCAACAGGAGUGGUCUGCACCUUUUAUUGCACCCUGGGCGGACUGAAGGCUGUGGUGUGGACAGAUGUGUUCCAGGUAGGAAUCAUGGUGGCAGGCUUCCUAUCGGUCAUCAUCAGAGCCGUGGUCCUGCAGGGAGGAGUUGCCAACAUCCUCCAACAUGCAGAACAUGGAGGAAGACUCAACUUCUGGGACUUUGAUGCUAACCCACUGAGGAGACACACGUUCUGGACAAUCACGUUUGGUGGGGCAUUUGUAUGGACCAGUAUUUAUGGUAUCAACCAAGCACAGGUGCAGAGAUACAUCUCCUGCAAGUCAAUCACUCACGCCAAAAUGUCUCUGUACAUAAACCUUAUAGGGCUGUGGGUCAUCAUGCUGUGCUCUGUGUCUGCGGGGCUGUGCUUAUAUUCUGUCUACAAGAACUGCGACCCCUGGACAGCUGGCAUGGUAUCUGCACCUGAUCAGCUGAUGCCUUAUAUGGUGAUGGAUACCCUGAGAGACUAUCCUGGUCUUCCUGGACUGUUUGUGGCUGCAGCCUACAGUGGGACACUAAGUACAGUAUCAUCCAGUAUCAAUGCUCUGGCUGCUGUGACAAUAGAGGACCUAAUCAAGCCCCACAUACGGAUGUCAGAAACACAUCUUUCCUGGACAUCUAAAGGUCUCAGCUUUCUCUAUGGGGCUGUGUGUAUUGGAAUGGCUGGCAUAGCCUCGCUGAUGGGAGGUCUUUUACAGGCAGCUAUCACUAUCUUUGGGAUCAUCGGAGGACCUUUACUGGGUCUUUUCUCACUGGGGAUCCUGUGUCCAUACGCCAAUGCCACAGGCGGCUUGACUGGUCUGCUUUUUGGGCUGGCUAUGUCCCUCUGGGUGGGAAUAGGGGCCCAGUUUUACCCACCUCUGCCAGAGCAGAGCAGGCCUCUGGGUUUGACCACCCAUGGCUGUAACUUCACCACCACAGCCAACCUGUUCAACUGGACGGCAACUUCAACACAAGCAAGCCUCUACACAACAUUAGUACAGCUGAAUGCAGUGGACAGACCUUUCCUGGCUGAUAACUGGUAUUCCAUGUCCUAUCUUUACUUCAGUCCUAUCGGGACACUCACAGCACUCAUUGUCGGGCUUGUGGUCAGCCUACUCUCUGGUGGUAUGAAGCUGAAAUUGGAACCAAGGCUUACUUUAAUGAAAUCAGACACAACGUUCUAUUGCUUUUACAAGCUCUUUGAAGAGAGGGUCAUGAGACAAGCAGGAAAGCUGGACAUUAAGAAAGCACAGACAAAAUUUGGGAACAAUAAUCCUGGCUUCUGCAACAUCCAUGAGUUGAAUUUCACAAAGAGCAGUCUUCCUGCCUAA